AUGAGUCUCUACGGGAGAUGCGAGGCCCCCGGACAAGCGUGGAAGAUUUUUGUCGACAUGGGAAGUAAGGAUGUCAUUACCUGGACUGUUAUGUGUGUUGCUUACGCGCAGAAUGGCUUUAGGAAGGAAGCUCUUCAGCUGUUCCAGGAGAUGCAGCUCGAAGGACGCAGGCCUACGAGUGCUACUCUUGUCGCUGUGCUGGAUACUUGCGCACACCUUGCGGCUCUGCAAAAGGGGAGGCAGAUUCACAGUCACAUAAUCGAGAACCGGUUUCGGAUGGAGAUGGUCGUGGAAACGGCGCUGAUCAACAUGUAUGGCAAGUGCGGGAAAAUGGCGGAGGCAAUGAGUGUCUUCGAGAAGAUGGCGAAGAGAGACAUACUCGUUUGGAACUCUAUGCUCGGGGCGUAUGCCCAACACGGGUAUUACGACGAGACUCUGCAGCUUUUCAACCAGAUGCAGCUAGAUGGUGUGAAGGCAGACGCAGUGAGCUUCGUGAGCGUGCUCUCGGCAUUAAGUCACUCCGGAUCGGUUACAGAUGGUUAUCAGUAUUUCGUGGCUAUGCUCCAAGAUUUCAGCAUUACUCCAACACCAGAACUCUAUGGGUGCGUCGUCGACCUCUUGGGAAGGGCAGGGAGGAUACAGGAAGCAGUAGAUAUCGUCUUGAAGCUUUCGGGAUGUCUUCCAGACGGCAUCUUGUGGAUGACACUUCUUGGAGCCUGCCGGACACACAACAAGACGGAUCAAGCUAAAGCCGCAGCCGAGCAAGUUCUUGAGCGCGAUCCAAGCCAUUCUGGAGCUUACGUGGUUCUGUCGAACGUUUAUGCAGCAGCUGGUGACUGGGACGGUGUCAACAGAAUGAGAAAAUUGAUGCGUAGCCGUGGCGUGAAAAAAGAACCAGGUCGUUCAUCAAUCGAGAUUCUCAACAGGGUGCAUGAGUUUUUGGAGGGAGAUAGGUCCCAUCCACGGCGUCAUCCUAUAUACGCAGAGCUGGACGUUCUAAACUCAGAGAUGAGAGCCGCGGGAUAUAUCCCUGACACUAAGAUGAUCCUGCACGAUGUCGAAGACGAGCGGAAGGAAGACAUGCUUUUUUAUCACAGCGAGCGAUUGGCCAUUGCGUUUGGCCUCAUCAGUACGCCUCCGGGAACGCCUCUUCGAGUUAUCAAGAACCUCAGAGUGUGCUCGGAUUGUCACACAGCCACCAAGUAUAUCUCCAAGCUCAGGGGUCGCGAGAUUUUGGUGAGGGAUACUCAUCGGUUCCACAACUUUAAGGACGGACGCUGUUCGUGCAAAGAUUACUGGUAA